AUGUGUAUCGUAUUCACCUGUGGCGAACAUACUUUCAGGAAGCAGGUCGAAGGAUACGAGGGCGUUGUCUGUCAGUGUCACAAUUGCGGCAACUACAGCGGCCAUAUCAUCAAGAGCCACCCGUGGUUCACCUUUUGCUUUGUGCCCCUGAUCCCCCUCUCCUUCCACGGCUAUGUGGACAUCGUCUGCAACAUCUGCAACUUCGCGCAGCCGCUUGAUGCCCGCCCAGAUGUUCAGUCUAUGAAAGGGGAGACAGGAGGAGGUGCUAGUGGUGUUCCCUUGCAGCAGCAGCAACAGCAACCUCAAGGACCGCCACAGGGCUGGAACAACCAGCGCCCUCAGGAGGGAGGCCAGAACCAGGCACCUAUGAGGUAUGGAUGAGGGUUUGCAAUUUGCGGAACCUGUCCACUAUCGAGGACCAUGUUUAUUCUGGGCGGCGUAAUGGCGUUGCGAGCGUGGUGGAGGGUUCGCGCCUUAUCAAGUCGAGCUUGAGCUUCAGGCUUUACUGGUUGAUGCUCGCGUGCUUGGGAAGUGCUUCUGAUUCUGUAUACCCUUGAUAAGAAUGAUGAUGAUACAGCAAUUAUCUUAAUGAGCUUCGGAAACGAGGUUUCUCCCAGCUGUGGUGUUGUGCGUCAAGUUCUCGCCAGAUGUGUCUCACUUUGCAGCCAUGGACAGCCAGCCAGCCGGCCAGACGUGUCGUUUGCAUGAGUCUCUCUUCCAGACAAUAUGAAUCCCGCUCCCUCUUG